AACUGAGAAAAAGUAAUUGAUGUUACUCUUAAUAUCUUUUUUUUUUUUUGUUUACAGCUUUUAAAAGAUGUUACUCUUUUUGGCCUCCACAGUCCACACCUAAGAACACCGGCAGCUACUACCAGCGAAGAUCAUUGCAUUGCAACCAUAGGAAGGCAAGGUCUAAAUUUCAUUCAAAACCCAGAAACCAUUCCAUCUCCAUCGUUUAGAGCUUCAAUAUACACUAAACCAAAAGAAAAUUUAAAAUCCCAAGUGAAUCGGAAAUGGCGAAUGCAUCACUCUUCUCUCCUGCAAACCCGCAUUUCUUCCAGCCUCUUCUUUCCCGUUUCCAGAGCCACCUCAAAAUUCCUGUGAAGUUCUUCUCCAAGCACAUAGAGGGAAAACACGAGGGCAAGACUGUAACUUUGACGUCAGAUUCGUCAAAGAGAACUUGGAAAGUGAAGAUGGAAGGCCAUAGGCUCACCGACGGUUGGAAAGAGUUCGUCAAGGCACAUGAUCUCCGAAUCGGUGACUUUGUCGUCUUCAGACACGAAGGAGACAUGUUGUUCCAUGUCACUGCUUUAGGAACCGGUUGCUGUGAGAUCCAAUACGCACCGUCUCUUAGCCACGACAAAGACGAAGAGAGUGAUAAAACUGGAGAAUCUUCAAGAAAGGAGAAUGAUUUGAAAAGAGAAUCUGAUCAGUCUUCAUCAGAUCUAACAUGUUUUAGCCAAAUUGUGACUGCUUCAAAUCUAUCAAGGGCAGUAGUGGGUGUGCCCAUAGAUUUCGCAAGACGAAACGGUUUGGACAAAGGUAGGCAAAAGAUUGUUUUGAUGAACAAGAAAGGAAUGUCAUGGAAAUCAGAAGUGAAGACCUCGACGGCUGGUCAGGUUUUCAUAUGCCGAAACUGGAGAAGUUUUUGCACCGCAAAUAAACUAGAAGUUGGAGAUUCGUUCAAGUUUCAACUGCUCCAAAACACGGAAACGCCCGUGUUUCAGCUCUGCUCCCUCGCAGAGGUGAAGCGGAAGAAGAAGAUUCGAUAUGCACAGUCUUGCGACAACGACGAUGAUCUUGACGAUGAUAAGAACAACAUCAGAAACUUAAAAGAUGAUGACGUGGCAAAGCUACCGGGAAAGAAACAAGUCAAGAAGAGGAUUCUUGAAGCAGAGACAGAGUCUUUUUCAUCAGAUCCGUCUUGUUUUGUAGCACCGAUCACAGUUUCGAACCUAAGAGAGAAUAGACUGUUUCUUCCAAGGAAGUUUGUUAGGCCCGAUGGUCUGAAUAAAAGUAGCAAGAAGAUUAGUCUAAUUAAUGAAGAUGCAAGGAUAUGGACGCUUAUUCUGAAGUUUAGAGAAUCAACUAGAACGUUUUACAUGAGGUCUGGCUGGAGAAGUUUCUGCCGCGAGAAUGGGCUUAAACCAGGAGACUCCGCCACGUUUAAACUAGAGAGUAACAGCACGGGAAGGCCUCUUCUCAGUUUCUCCUCUUCAGAAUCAAAGUGUGUUUCCAAAAAACAUAUCAAUAAAUGGAAGAGAAUUGAAACUGGUGAGAGUAGCCAAAGAGUGUCACCACCAUCAUCAUCAUCAUCAUCAUCAUCAUCAUCUUCAUCAUCAUCAUCAUCUUCAUCAUCAUCAUCAUCUUCAUCAUCAUCAUCAUCAUGUUCACAAAGUGAAAGCCGAUUUGUAACACUAAAUGUUACACCAGGCACUUUCAAACAUUGUAGGAUUUAUCUUCCAAAGAGCUUCACUAGGAAUAAUGGAAUGGAAAAUGCACAAGGGAAGAACGUUACACUGUUGGACAACCAUAGAGUAGAGUGGCCAGUGAAUUUAGUGAUGCUAAAAGGAAGUAGGAGGAUGCACUUGGGUUCAGGGUUAAUAGAAUUCUUAAGGGCUAUUGGCGUUGAGGCAUACAAAUCGUUUGUGUUGGAGUUGGUUUGGGAAGACAAAACAUCUCCUCCUGUGCUAAAAUUCUGCUCCAAGGUCAACAUCUGACUCUAGUUUGCAUCCAAGUUAUUAACAAGUAUAACCUGUUUUCGUUUUUCAUAAUCUAUGUUGUAUGGAUCUAGUGUCUAGUUAUGAACUAGUAGGUAAGAUUGAAUGCGUCUCUUUUGGUAAACAAAAUGCCUACUAGAUGAUUCUGUCAUAUGAAUGACAAACUAUUUAGGAAAUUCACCAGUAAGAAAAGAACAUUUAAAUUUCUAUAUAUAA